GAGUGCGAGAGAGAGAGGGGGGGGGGGGGGAAGGAAUCCAUGGCGUCGGCGCUGGCGAGGAGGGUGGGGGGCUCCGGUGCGGCGGCCCUGUGGCGUGCGGCGAGGGGUUUUGCGUCGGUGGGGUCGGACAUCGUCUCAUCGGCGCCCGGCGUGUCGCUGCAGAAGGCGCGGUCCUGGGACGAGGGCGUCGCCACCAAGUUCUCCGCCACCCCCCUCAAGGACAUCUUCUACGGGAAGAAGGUGGUCAUCUUCGGCUUGCCUGGUGCAUAUACAGGAGUUUGUUCACAAACGCAUGUUCCCAGUUACAAGAACAACAUUGAUAAGUUGAAAGCAAAAGGGAUUGACUCUGUUAUCUGUGUCUCUGUGAAUGAUCCGUAUGUUCUUAAUGGAUGGGCAGAAAAGCUAGAGGCUAAAGAUGCAAUUGAGUUCUACGGUGACUUUGAUGGGAGUUUCCACAAAAGCUUGGAUUUGGGGAUAGACCUCUCUGCUGCUUUGCUUGGCCGCCGCUCCCACAGGUGGUCGGCCUUUGUUGACAAUGGUAGGAUCAAGGCUUUCAAUGUUGAGAAAGCCCCUUCGGAGUUCAAUGUUUCUAGUGCCGAGGUGAUCUUGGAUCAGAUCUGAGCUUAUCAAUAAACUUGGGAUGUCUUCCGUUUGCUUACGCAGCAUACAUGCUUUGCUGUAGCGAAUAAAUUAAAUCUCUUUUGCUUGUGUAAAGAUGCUUUUAAAUUAAUAUGCUACUUCCACACUA